CCUUUUCAUUACUACUAUUCCACUUCAAAAUUUUCAAAUCAAACGGAAAACAAAGCAAAGCCCUCCCCAAACCCUCACAUCUAGCGUGAGAGAGAGAGAGAGAGAGAGAGAGAGUGUCUGUGUGCGUGUGCAUGAAUGAGUUCGAGUUCGAGUUCGAGUUAGAACACGAUCUAUGUUGAGCGAUCCAGUUCUAUCUCAAAUCCCUAGCAAAAACUCCAAUAAUCCAUCUUGAACAGGCAGGAAACAAUUAAGGUUCAGAAUUUCUCAAAUUCGCAGAUACGGGAUUCUGUUCUUCAACUCCUCAUUCAGAAUGCUGAGAGAUUCCAAGUUGACGCGCCGAAAUCCAGUGAAAAACGAAGAGAUCGAGAAUGUGGAUCCUUCGGAUUCCGCAUCUGCUGCUUCGAGCUGCGGCGAAGGUUCUAGACCUCCACUAAACACAAUUCAGGAAGGGAGUUCUCUUAGCAAGAUCGAGAGGACUCCUUCUAAGCUCCACAAAGCAAGAGGAUCUGAUCCACCUGUGCCGUUUCGCACGCCGGAUAAGCACGCAGCAGGAGGAUCAGUCCUGUCCAAGAACCGGUUCGGAUGGAAUCAGAAGAACGAUGCAGUUUCCAUGUGCGAUGAGAGGAGGGGAUCUGGUGCUGUGAGUAAUGUCACUCCUAGGGUGACACGCACUGGAGGAAGAGCUGCUGCUGCUACCACGGCUUGUUCGGAGAGCAAUUCGGUGCAGAGCACUCCGACAAAGAGUGUGACAAAGCCUCCUCCGAGCUCAAGUGUUCGGAGUAAGGCUGAUGGAAGUUUCAGUGCUCGCUUGGGAAGCUAUAUUUCCUUGUAUAAAGGGGUUCCUAGCUCGGCUGUUACCCCAACGGUUAUUAACACUAUCGAAGUGCCUCACUUUGAUCUCAAGGAAGAUCCUUCCUUCUGGAUUAAUCACAAUGUACAGGUUAUUAUUCGUGUUCGCCCCCUCAAUAGCAUGGAGAGGAGUAUGCAUGGUUAUAACAGAUGUUUGAAGCAAGAAAGUGCGCAGUGCAUUACUUGGGUUGGGCAACCGGAAUCUCGAUUCACAUUUGACCAUGUUGCAUGUGAAACAGUAGACCAGGAAAUGAUUUUCCGAAUGGCUGGUCUUCCAAUGGUAGAAAACUGCCUUUCAGGAUAUAACAGUUGUAUGUUCGCAUAUGGACAGACAGGAAGUGGAAAAACACACACAAUGCUCGGUGACAUUGAAGAUUUAGAUGUGAAGCCCAGCCCCCAUCGCGGAAUGACUCCACGAAUAUUUGAGUUUUUGUUUGCCAGGAUCCAAGCCGAAGAGGAAAGCCGAAGGGAUGAGAAUUUAAAAUACAACUGCAAGUGUUCAUUCUUGGAGAUUUACAAUGAGCAGAUUACGGAUCUACUUGAUCCAUCAUCCACCAAUUUGCUACUGCGUGAGGAUGUCAAGAGGGGGGUUUAUGUAGAAAACCUAUCCGAGUUUGAGGUUCAAAGUGUGAGUGACAUUCUUAGGCUUCUAAUUCAGGGGUCGGCAAAUAGAAAGGUUGCAGCAACAAACAUGAAUAGAGAGAGCAGUAGGUCCCACAGUGUUUUUACGUGUGUAAUUGAAAGCACAUGGGAGAAAGAUUCCACAACCAAUUACCGUUUUGCUAGGCUAAACCUGGUUGAUCUAGCUGGUUCAGAAAGACAGAAAACUUCUGGUGCUGAGGGUGAGCGACUAAAGGAAGCAGCUAACAUAAAUAAGUCACUAUCUACUUUGGGUCAUGUAAUUAUGAUACUAGUGGAUGUGGCGAAUGGGAAGCAGAGGCAUAUCCCAUAUAGAGACUCUAGGCUAACAUUUCUUCUUCAGGACUCUCUUGGUGGAAACUCAAAAACAAUGAUAAUUGCCAAUGUUAGCCCUUCUAUAUGUUGUGCCGCUGAAACAUUGAAUACACUUAAGUUUGCUCAGAGAGCAAAACUCAUUCAGAAUAAUGCUGUGGUAAAUGAAGAUUCUUCUGGGGAUGUGAUAGCUCUACAGCACCAAAUACGACUUUUGAAGGAGGAGCUCUCUACCCUCAAACGACGCCAGAAUGUCUCCAGGUCUUUGUCGUUCUCUUUGGCAUCUGCUAGAGAUAUAAAACAAUCUCUAGAAGAAUGUUGCGUAGAAAAUGCAUCAGGAUCAGAUAUGGAUGAACAAGAUGACGAUGAUAAUAUAAUUGAUUGUGGAUCCAAUGGCAUCAGAAUGUCCUUCAAACAGUUAGAAUCAUUGGAAUCAACUCUUGCUGGAGCUUUGAGAAGGGAGCAAAUGGCAGAAGCUUCUGUUAAGCAACUAGAGGCAGAGAUUGAGCAAUUAAACUAUUUGGUUCAUCAAAGAGAGGAGGAUGCUAGAAGCUGCAAAAUGAUGCUUAGGUUUCGUGAAGACAAAAUUCGUAGACUGGAAUCCCAGAUUUCUGGUUCUAUGCCUACAGAUGCAGUUUUGUUAGAAGAGAAUAAAGCUCUGUCUGAUGAGAUUCAGAUACUCAAGGGAAAACUUGAACGAAAUCCUGAAGUUACUCGAUUUGCAGUGGAGAAUAUCAGGCUUCUAGACCAACUUAAAAGAUAUCAAGAGUUUUAUGAAGAGAGGGAGAGAGAGAUUCUUUUAGCUGAAGUGUCUACUUUGAGGGAUCAGCUGCUUCAAUUUCAUGGAAGAAACUCCAUACUGAGUAGUUCAAAUUAUGGCAUUGAAGCUCAGAAAAACCACUGCUGCGGGAAAGAAAAAGACUCUGUUGAACUAGAGUUGAAAAAAACACGUGAUGAGUUACAAGAAUGCAAGCGUAACUUAAAUUAUUGCUUAGAGGAGAAUACGAAACUCAGUAGGGAAUUAGAAUCUCUAUAUCCAAGAUUGACCAACAUAAAUGCCACAAAGGUUUCUACUGAAGAACCAUUGCGUGAAGCUCAAGCACUUUCACCUAAGCUUGAAGGGAACCAUGAAACUCAUACAUUCACAGAAGACAUAUUGAAUUUGCAGCUGGAAUUAGACAUAAUGAAGAUUAUUCUGAAGGAAGAGAGGACUUUCCGUGCUCUAUUGGAGGAGCAAAAAAGCAGCUUAAAACAGGAUCUUCAGAUGGAAAAGGACAAACUUUUGCUGAAAAGCAAACUAUUAGAAGAUUCAGAUAAUGAGCUGAAAGAGGCCAAAUCUGUUAUUGAAGCUCUUGAAUCUCAACAAAUUCUGUCGAUCCAAGAGAUAGAAGAGAUGAGAAACAAGAACAAUGAUUAUUUGGAGCUUAUGAGAAAGCAAGAGUGUGAAAUCAGGGCCUUGAAGAACCAAUUUGCAUGCAAAGAGUUAAGGGACAAUUUGCUUUCAAAUAGUUCAGAGAUUGAAAAUGAGUCUCCCUUACAGGUAAAACUCAAAAGGAUGCAUGACUCUCUCGAAAAAGCCAAGCAACUGAACAUAUUUUAUCAAAGAGAUCAUGCACUUCAAAUAUCUAAUGAGGAAGAGAUGGAUGAAGUCCGUCGGCAGGCUGAGGCUGAAACUGCUGAGGUGAUUGUCUGUAUGCAGGAAGAACUAGCAAUGCUCCAACAUGAAGUACAUGAUAAUCGUUUGAAGGAAACAAAAAUGAGAGAGAGCAUACAGCAUCUGGAAACUGAAUUGAAGGAAGUGCAGGAGAAAUUGCUUGCUACUGUUGAUGAUAAUCGAAGUUUAAGUGAAGAGCUUGUGCAGAAAGAUAUGGACCUAAGGUCACUAGCUGAAGAGUGGGAACUACUGACCUCUGAGAUUGAAGAGAUUCUUUCUGAUGGAUUUGAGUCACUUCUUGAUGCUUCUGAUGAACUUGUCCACAUAAGCAAUUCAUUUCCUAAUAAAAGGAUCUGGAUUUCUGAACAAGUUGGCAUGAUUGUUAGAAAAAUCUCUGAAAAGGAAUUAUUAAUUGAUGAACUGAGAAGAUGCUUGGAGGAUGCAAGCAAUAAAAGAAGUGAUAUGGAGUGCAUGUUGAAGUCCCUACGAAGUGCAGCAAUGCUGAUUACUGAAGCCCACCAGAAGGACAGCAUGGAAAAAGAGAAAGAAGUUAUCCAGUUAACAUCAGAUCUGAGUGAAAAAACAUUUAUUGUGACACAGCUGGAGGAGCAGUUGAUAACGGCAGAAAACCACUUCAGAAAUGCUGCUAACUGUGCAACUGCAGCCUUUGUUGUUGUGGAUAGAAUGUCAGACGUGAAUCUUGGUUACCUUAAAGAUCUCAAGCACAAGGAUACACUGCUUAGUGAAUUAGCUGAGGCCAACAGUAGGAAGGAUGCCCUACUUGCUCAGCACUCCGCUUCACUUGUUCAAGCCGAGACACAGGCAACACAUUUGCAAGAAAGAUGCAAUCGAUUAUUGCAGAAGCUGUCUGAGGAGCAAGAGCAUUCUUUUGCUUUGGAACAAAAGCUUGAAGAUAUUGAAAAAAGUGCCAUUUCAAAGACAAGGGAGCAGCUAGCAACAUUACGAGAUGGAGUCUCUUCAAUGAGGUCAUGUAUGGCCUCAAUAGCAAAGCCUUCAGGAAAUCUUGAUAACAGAAAUUCAAUGGAUGUGUGCACAUCUUCUUGUGACGAUAAUGAUGAAAUAGGGGCAAGUUCUGAAACACAUCAAUACAAUAAUUCAGGUCAAUCAUAUGCUAAAGAACGUGUAGGUCACUUGGCUGACUUACCCUCUGAAUUGGUAACAAAAAGUGGACAUGAUAACCAGAAAUCCAGAAGAGUCUGCAAGGAUGCAUGUGAAAGAGAUGUUACCAUUACACUUUUGAGAAAAGAGAUAGAAUGUGCUCUUGAAAGCUUAAAACAAGUGCAAGAUGAGAUGGCAAGACUACAUGCAGAGAAAAAAGAGAUGUCAAUCUCUGAAAAGCAGAGUAGACAAAGUGUUGAGUGCCUCAAAACUCAGAUACUUUCCCUGCAGGCAACUAUGAUCAACUUUGAAGAGCACUCCAAAGCCAAGCUUGAUAUCCUCAACCAUAAACUCAGAGACUUAGAAAAUAGUAUGAAAGAAGCUGGAUCCCAUUGGAACCGGACCAAAGAGUGGCUUGAACAUGAGGUUGGAGAGGCAAACACUAUUAGAGUGCAGAAAGCUUCAGAGGCGUCCUGUAUUCUUGCUAAAUUUGAAGAAGCUCAAGAUGCAAUGAGAGAAGCAAAUGGUAGAAUUAAUGAAUUAAUGAUAACUAAUGAGUCGAUGAAGCUUGAUAUUGAAAGACUUAAAGGUAGAGAAGUCACAUUACUUGAUGAGAAGGGUAGCUUAAUAAUCAAGGUUGAGUGCCUGCAAGCUGUUGUUGAUACGAAGCAUCAAGAGAUUGAGAACCUUGUUGAGUCAAAUCUUCUUGAAACAAAGAACUUGAUUGUGGAGCUUGAUGAUGCUGUCAAAGAGGUACAGUUGACCAUCAAGGAAAUUUUUAUGUCUUUAGCUAGUGACUUACACUGCAUCAAGUCCCAGUUUUUGUAUUCUACUAAAUUUGUGCAGCCAUGGCUUGAGAAGAUCUGGUCUGAGAUAGUUUUGAAAGACUCCGCUAUUUCCGUCUUACAUCUAUGUCACAUGGGUAUUCUACUUGAAACAGUAACUGGGAUGCACGCAGAAAAUGGUUUGCUAUCACACGGCUUAUCUGAAUCAAACUCUAUUAUAAGUGAUUUGAAGGAACACAACUUUCGGACAAAGCAAGAGCUUGAUAUGUGCAGAGUCUUAAAAGGGAAGCUGCUGGCUGACAUCAAACACAGUUUUGACCGUAUUUCAAGGAAGGAAGAGGAAGCCGGUGAGAUCACCCUGAAGCUAAACACGUUUGCCAAAAACAUAUCAGACUUGCAGCUGCAGGAGGAGAUGAUGUUGCAGAGGUCUAAUGAAAUGGGAUCUCAACUUGCUAUAUUGAUGAGGGAUUUGGACAUGAGCAAUAACGAUGCAGUGAUAUCCCUUUUAGAUCAAGAGAAAGAACUGAAGCAGAAAGUAGAGGCUGUUGAGUCUGAAGCUGAAUAUUUUAUGGAAGACUGGUAUGCGAAAGACUUCGAAUCACUCAUCCAUGCUUCUGAAUUAAAAGAUAUAUCCCAUCACUUGGCUCAUGUGGAGGAGAACUUCACCAAGUACUCUACACUGAUUGAGCAUUUGAAGAAAGAAACAAUAUUUUCCCAGGUAGGAACUGAGUUAGCAGACCAAAUUUUGAUGGAUAAGGAGGUCAAGCUUACUGUUCUAGAAGGAGAAAUUCAGCAGCGCAAAGUAGAAAGGCAGGACCUAUUAGUUGAAUUGAACCAGAAUAUAUUAAAAAUUGCAGAGUUGGGUGAAAUUGACAAAGCCCUUGCACAAAACAUAGAGAGUCUAAAGAAUGCUACUAGUUCAAAUAUUGCACUGAAGGGUGAACUUUCUGAAGUUAAGGAAGAAAAUAAAAGACUUUGGGAUAAGGUUCAAGAUCUUGAAGCUGAUUAUGACAGAGUUAUUGUGGAUCUUGUAGGGAAGGAAGUUGAAGUUUCCUUUCUAAAAGGGGAAGUUCAGCAUGCACGAGUGGAAAGGGAGGGCUUUUUAAUGGAAUUAAAUCUGAAUGUCUCAAGGAUUGCAGAGAUGGGUGAAAUAAACAAGGCCCUUGAACAAAACAUAGAGUUUCUAAAGGAUGCUGCUCGUUCAAAUAAUGCAUUGAAGAGAGAAGUUGUUGAAGUUAAGGAAGCAAAGCAAAGACUCCAGGUUAAGAUUCUGGAUCUUGAAGCUGAUUAUGAUAAAGUUAUUGCAGAUCUCAUAGAGAAGGAUGUGGCAUCAACAUGUUCAUUCCAUCACAUUUCUGUUCUUGAACAUCAGAAGAAAGAGUUGAUGAAAGUAAACAGCACGUUGGAAGAUUCAUCUUGCAACUUUCAGAAUGAGCUGAGCCUAAGAGAUUUGGAGAUAACUAGAAUGCAAAGCUUACUGCAAGUUGAGGUGUCCAGAAAGGAUGAUGUAAUUAAAGGGUUGCUCUAUGACCUGAGCUUGCUGCAGGAGUCAGCAUCUAACAGUAAAGACCAAAAAGAUGAAAUCGAUGACAUGAUGGCUAGAAUGGAAUCAUUAGAAGCGGAGCUUGCUCUUAAAUCAGGUGAGCUUGCUGAUGCUGUUUCCAAUUGUCAACUGUUUGAAGCUAAGUUGCAAGAAAAAUCAGACAUCAUUACAGCUCUUGAGUUGGAUCUCUCUAAAGAGCGUGAGGCUCUAAAGUUGCAAUCCAGAGAAAAUCAAGAUCUUAGAACUCAUAUUGAGGAUAGCUUGGCAGCGAGAAAAUUGGUUGAUGAUGAGCUUAAGGAAAAAAGGAAGACCACAGAGAGCUUAGAAGAUGAAAUCUUGGAAAUGAGCAGUGUUCUUGGCGAAAUGAAUGAUACAAUUAAAAACCUGAGUGAUGAUCUUGAUGAAGUUGCUGCCGAGAGGGAUCAACUUCAGGGUCAGAUAAUUUGCCUCAAACAAAGUCUUGAAAAAGCAGAAGCUGAAGUUGAAGCUAAUGCAGCAGUUGCUCAAGAAGCUCAGAAGGUGGCUGAAACACGAAAAGUUUAUGCUGAAGAAAAGGAAGCAGAGGUGAAACUCCUAGAGAGAUCUGUUGAAGAGCUGGAAAGUAUUGUAAAUGUACUGGAAAACAAAGUUGACAUCAUCAAAGGAGAAGCACAACGACAACGCCUGCAAAGAGAAGAUCUAGAAUUGGAGCUACAUGCAUUGAAAGACCAGAUGCAAAAUGUUAGAAAUGCUGAUACUGACAUGAAAAGAUUCUUGGAUGAAAGGGAGAAAAGCCUUGAAGAAGCUUUAAAUCAGAUACUUGUUCUCAAAAGGGAUUUAGCAGGAAAGAAUGAAGAGAUUGUACAAAUGAAGGCUCAUAUUUCAGAGCUAAAUUUGCAUGCUGAAGCGCAGGCAAAGGAGUACAAACAGAAAUUCAAAGCAUUGGAAGCCAUGGUCGAGCAAGUCAAACCUGAGGAGCUUUCUACACAAUCCAGCAGUGCUUUGCCAAACAAGUCCGAGAAGAAUGCUUCCAAGUCUCGAGGUUCCAGUUCCCCUUUCAAGUGCAUUGGUCUGGGCCUGGCACAACAGAUUAAAUAUGAGAAAGUUGAGGAGCUGUCUGCUGCAAGACUUCGCAUUGAAGAACUAGAGGCCCAGGCAGCAUGUCGACAGAAAGAGAUAUUUGCACUGAACGCUAGACUUGCUGCUGCUGAGAGCAUGACCCAUGAUGUAAUACGUGAUUUACUUGGAGUCAAGUUAGAUAUGACCUCUUAUGUGUCACUGUUGGAUAAUGGGCAAGUGCAGAAGAUUGCAGAGAAAGCUCAAUUUCAAACUCUAGAGCCACAAGAGAAGGAACAGGAGGUUACCAAAUUAAAGAAGCAGCUGAAUGAAUUUAUUGAAGAGAGACAAGGAUGGCUGCGAGAAAUGGAAAAGAAACAAGCUGAAAUAGUAGCUGCACAGAUUGCAUUGGAAAACCUUCGACAACGAGACCAGUUACUAAAAACUGAGAAUGAAAUGUUGAAGAUGGAAAAUUUAAGUAAGAAAAACAAAGUAAUGGAACUGGAGGAAGAAAUCAAGAAGCUGUCUGGUCAGCAAAACCUUCAGCAGCGUAUUCAUCAUCAUGCUAAAAUUAAGGAGGAAAACAACAGAUUAAAAAUACAGAAUGAAGAACUCAGCGCAAAUCUACGAAAGGCAAACAUCUUUGUUUCACGGGUCAAGGAAGAUUUUGGACGUCUUCGUGCUUCUGCUGGUGCGAAACCAUGUUUUGAUUUCAAUGAGGAGCAACGUCUGAUGACAAAACUGAAGGAGAUUGAAGAAGAGAAAGUACAAUUAGCACAACAAUUACUGAGAUUGUCAACCAAUGUUCUGAAGGCUGCAGGAUUUACAAAGCGAAUGUCAGAAAUAAACCCCUCUCUAGCUGAGGAGGCACUAGAGGAGCUCAAGAACAGGAUAGCUAAUCUGGAAAUGCAACAGGAAGAUUUGAAGUUUAAGAAUAAAAUCAUAAAAGAAAAGGUGCGAUUAUCUGAGCUAAUGCCACAUGUUUCUCCGUUGAAUUCAAGACCUGAUGAGAAUCAUGCAACAACUCCACCAAGGACAUCAUCCCAAGCUCCUUUCCUUUCCAGUUUUGAUCGAUAGCAAGUAGUGUUAGCUAACACUAUUUAAUAUUUGUAUCAUGUUUUGCAAUCCUGAGCUAUUCUUUUAUUAUCGUGUAAAUAAACAGGUAAUGUAUGUAGUAUGUAUGUACAGGUAAAAAAGAAGAUACAUUAUUAU